AUGCGUAUCUCAAACGCCGCCGCUCUUUUUUCUUUGGCCUCUUUGGCCCAGGCUGCUCCGACCAUCCAUGGUCACAAGCACGCUCAUACACGUGAUUCCGGCUACGGUAGUGGCGUGCAGUACCAGUCUGGUAUCUUCUACGUUAACUGGGCCAUCUACGGACGCCAACACUUUGUCACCGACCUCCCCGCCGACAAACUUACCAAGGUCAACUACGGAUUCGCCAACGUGAACAACCAGACUGGUGAAGUCUUCCUCACUGACGAGUGGGCCGAUAUCCAGUUCGGCUACCCCGGAGACGUUGCUACCAACGGCACCCAACUGCUUGGCAACUUCAACCAGUUGUUUAAGCUCAAGCAGCAGAACCGCAACCUGAAGGUCAUCCUUUCGGUCGGUGGUUGGAGCUACAGGGCCAACUUCAAGCCCGCGCUUGCUACUGAAGCAGGUCGCCAGAAGUUCUGUGACAGCGCUCUUACGCUGAUUCAAGACUUGGGAAUUGACGGUCUCGACAUUGACUGGGAGUACCCGGAGGAUGAGACCGAUGGUGCCAACUUGGUCGACACCCUCCAGCGCUGCCGCAGGGCAUUCGAUGAGUACGCCACCCUCAACGCCGCUGGCUACCACUUCGAUCUUGGCAUCUCCGCCCCUGCUGGUCCUUCGCGCUACACUGCGAUGCCCGUUGCCGAGAUGGACCCUUACGUUGACAACUGGAAUUUGAUGGCGUUUGACUACCAAGGCCCCGGCUUCUCCAACUUCACUGGCCACCUCAGCAACGUUUACCCCAGCUCCAAGAACCCUAAGGCCACCAACGGCUGGGACAUCGUCACUGAGGACUUCGUCCGCUUCAACACCAAGGAGGCCAUUGACUACUACAAGGCUAACGUCGCUUCGCCCAGCAAAAUUCAGCUCGGUAUGCCCCUCUACGGUCGCUCUUUCGCCAACGUCGUCGACCUGAGCAAGGACCAACGCGGUUUGGGCCAGAAGUUCAACGGAUCUGGUGACGGUACCUGGGAGCCUGGUACUCUUGACUACAAGGUUCUUCCCGUAAACGGCAGCAAGGUAUACCACGAUAAGGAAACUCUGGCCGCCUGGAGCUGGGACCCAGUGCGCAAGCAGUUGGUUACCUUCGACACACCCAAGAUCGCUUCCUGGAAGACCGACUACCUGAUUCAAGAGGGUCUCGGUGGUGCCUGGUGGUGGGAGUCAUCUGGUGACUUCCCCGUCACCGACGACAAGAGCAUUGUUGCUACCGUUGUUAACAAGCUUGGUGGUGAAGCCAACUUUAGGCAGAGCUGGAACAACCUCUACUACCCCAAAUCGAAGUACUACAACAUCCGUCCUGCGGUGAACUCGACUAUCACCAUCACCUUCUAG